AUGCGGCUCUGCAUCCUGCAGGUGCUGCUGGCCUUGUUCCUGUCCAUGCUGACAGCACAGGGAGAAGGCAGCCGGAGGAGGGCCAACCAGGCCCGUGGCACCACCCAGCCUGCUCUGCUAAGGCUGUCAGAUCACCUCCUGGCUAACUACAGGAAGGGGGUGCGGCCUGUGCGGGACUGGAGGAAGCCUACUACCGUCUUCAUCGAUGUCAUCAUGUAUGCCAUCCUCAACGUGGAUGAGAAGAACCAGGUUCUGACCACCUACAUAUGGUACCGGCAGUUCUGGAUUGAUGAGUUUCUGCAGUGGAUUCCUGAAGACUUCGACAAUGUCACCAGAUUGUCCAUCCCCACAGACAGCGUCUGGGUCCCUGACAUCCUCAUCAAUGAGUUUGUGGACGUGGGGAAGUCUCCGAACAUUCCUUAUGUGUACGUGCAUCACCAAGGGAAAGUCCAGAACUACAAGCCCCUACAGGUGGUGACUGCCUGCACCCUUGAUAUCUAUAACUUCCCCUUUGAUGUCCAGAACUGCUCUCUGACUUUCACCAGCUGGCUGCAUACCA